GUAUUUGAUAUUUCAUAAACGAUAUGAGUGUACAGCGGAAACCGAGGGAAAACCAUAGCAACAACGAUAAACAGUUGGUUGACAAGAGAAUGAUUGCAACUUCAGGAAAAGGUCCUACAAUUGGUUACAACAAGCCAAAGAGCCCAUUUGUUAGCCAUACAAGUGGACUUGUACAUGGACCAACUCAAGAUUGGGAGACAAGAGGUUGGGAAAACGCCAAAAACCUCAAUGGGACGAACAACAAGCAAUCUUCCAGCGCACAAGGUAAAGUAUUUUAUAUUGGGUAUUUAUUUUAUGUGGUUUUGAUAUAUAAGGUACAUAUUUCUGGGGGACUAGAGUCUAUUCAUGGUUAUAGUUACUCAAGCUUGGAUGUUUGGGGUAGAGCGCCUUCAGAUGCAGGAGGAGGGGGUCAAAAACUAGUCAACUCGAGUUCUCCUCGGGUAGAUAUGUCACAUUGGGUUUUUGGUGGAAACAAAGCGGAACAAAUAUCUCCUCCAGCUUUGGAUCUCUCAGAAUUUCCGACCUUGUCUAGUACAGUUUCUUCUACAAUUCAAGAAGAGAGCAGCCGACCAUCUUCCCACCCUUCUGUUUCACCGCAGUUAUCAGGAUAUUAUAGUGCAGCUGUAGGAGCCAAUAGAGUGCAGUCAAAAGGAAACGUUCCACCCAAUGGAAAGCGUACCAAUAUGAACUCGUUUCCUUCUUUGAAUAGUCACGACGAGAGUAUCGAAAAGUUUUCAGAUAUGGAAGCAAAGUCGAGGAUUGGAUUGAACGAUACUGAUUGGCAACGUAACUUGACUUCCUAUUCUGAUGCGAAAUUAGGAAUGCGCUAUAGAAAUCGUUCUGCUCCGUUUACUGGUUCCAAUAUGACUCACAAUGAUGAUUCCAGAACAAGUAACCCUAUUUCAUCUGACGAUUUUGGUAAUGUUUCUAAUUGGAUGUCUUCCAAUUUUGGUUCGAAGAAUUCCAAAUAUUCCUUCCAAAAUGCGAGUAACAACUUUGAACAGUCGAAUAUCAUUUCGGAACCAGAAUCUUAUACGACAAACUUUGAAGUUGCAUCCACAGUAGCAAAGACGGAACCUCAAAGUGAUUUUUCACAGUUGUCUUCAAAACUAAGCGAAAUUUCAUUCCCGCAUGACACUUUGGAGAUAUAUGGCAUACGAGGACUCUUAAAGUUGAUGUCAUCAAGUUGGAGAACAGAACAACCAGACUAUUUGCUACUUACUCUUGGAAUCGACUUGACAAGCUUAGGACUGAAUUUGAACUCCACGGAGCCCUUGUAUUUAUCCUUUGAGACUCCGUUUCUUGAUAUGGAUAGAGGUCUCUAUCAUGAACCUGAAUAUAUUCUUCCUGAAUGCUACAAAAUGGAACAAAAACCUCCUCUAUUGAAAUUGGGUCAUUUUAGGAAGUUUCAGUUGCAAACCUUAUUUUAUAUAUUUUAUUGUAUGCCUCGAGAUGCAUUACAGAUUCUUGCAGCUGCGGAAUUGUAUCAAAGAGAGUGGAGAUAUCAUAAAGACUUGAAACUUUGGUUUACGAGAGCACCUGGUACAACCACUCCGGGAUAUGAACGAAAUGCUUUUAUCUACUUUGAUAUAACUACAUGGGAAAGGAAACCUUUUCAUGAAACAAAUAGAAAUUUCUUGCAAGGUUUUCUUCCUCAAAAUGUGAUUACUGAAGCAGUAGAACAUUUAAAAAUGGCUGUUUAUCAAACACAUUUAGACAAAAAGGAACCACUUAUACAAAGGUUUCGAAAAGGUCGAGGAUUGGGAGUAUCUGUUGUAGCUUCAACGCAAGACAACGAUACUCUGCUUGUUCUAUCAGAAACAGAUAGAGUUCAGUGUCUAGUCGAUCACUCAAUAGAUUUGGAUUGCACUCUCAAGUGGACACUGUUGAUUCCACCUAGCAAAAAACUAACUUGUAGUGCCAUUCCUAUUGGCUUAUGUGGAGUACAAUUUUUAGGAGUCUUAGAUGAGCACGACAUAACUUUAUGGGACUCUAGUACGGAGGAAUUUGGAGUUUUGAACUGGAAAAUUGUUGGACAAGUGCCCUAUCCAGUUGCUCGUAUUAUUGAACUGGUGUUUGGUGCGAAAACUUGCAUUCUUGUCAUAUCAAGUACGGGAUAUCAGUUGCUAGAUGGGAGUAGCUUUGAUACUGUUUUUUCAUUUGUAUUACAAAAUAACUGCGAACAUAUUUGUUCUCGAGUGGUGAAAGGAAGUGUCUUUCCUGCAAGUUUAGGAUUCAGAAAGGAAAGUGAUUAUUGUGUGAUAUUAGGAGUGGUAAAUCAUUCACCAGAUACUGGAAAAGACAUAUUUUUUCAUAUAUUCGAUGAAGAAUGUUGCAAAUGUAGAACUUUGGAAUGGAAUGUGAAGUUUUAUGUUGAAGAAAGUACCAUUCAGUCACUUAUUUUCUAUGAAGAACAACAAAAUGAUGAGAUAUGUAGCCUUCAUUUGUGUAUGUUUUGGUCAUGUGGAAUAUUGGAGUUUAGAAUGAUAACGUUUGAUGGUCAAGAGCCUAUUAUUAUCCGUCGAAUUACAUUACCAGGCACUGAGUUUACUCCACGGAAUACUUUUCUUUUUGAUUUGAGCAACGAUUAUUUUGGAAUACUUUUCAAGGAAAGUUUACAAAUUUGGCAUAAGAAAUGGAAACUUUGUUUUCGGAAAUGGAGUGUGCUUAAGGAAUUGGGUAUUGUGAAGGAUAUAAGUCGCAGUCGUUUUUCUCAUUUAGGAGACGAUAAUUUUUGCAUUUAUGGUUGUUUUGUGAAUGGCUUGGUGAAAUGGAAUUGUGAACUUCCACAACUAUCUUUAUCCCAAAUAUUAGAAAUGAAAAGAAUCGAAAAUUUGAAUAUACAAGAUUUUUCCUGUAUGGAACGAAAAGGACAAAUAUUUUCAGAAGAUAUGUUGGAAGCAUUGUCCAUGACAGAUAAUGAUACGCGAGGAGAUCUUAUUAUGAAAACUUUGUCUGACAAGGAAAAGGAGUGGAUCAAUCACAUAGAACAAGGUCUUUACUCUUCCAAAGAUAUUUUGGAAGUUUUGCAAGAGCCCCAAUCAACCAAUAAUUUGGAUAUAUCUUCAGCACAAACUUCACAACAUCAUAAAUUGUACGAAAAGCCCUCGUCUUUGUUGAUUAGUACUAUUUUGAUGCAUAUUUUCAAAGUCCUAAAAGAUGGAGAUUUAUCAUAUACAGCGGUGUUGGAAUUUUUAGUCAAGAGACAUUGGAUUGACUAUUCUAUGAUGAGAAGUUGUCUGAUAUCUUUGGAGAGUCAACAGAGCACUACAAAGAAUCCCAUAUUGUUUCCGUUUCUAUGGAGAAACCAUUUAUUUUCUUUAUGUUUGGAGUUUAUGAAACACAUUGUAGACUUACCACCGAUCGAAGUAAUCUAUCUAAUUCAACAAGUUUCGAACAAUAGACAACAGAAUUCUUUCAUAGAAAAUGAUAAUUUCUAUUUAGAACAACUUUUCACUGCAUUAUGGCAGAGACCUUUUUCAACCAAAGAUAUGAUGUUGGCUUUAGAAAUGUUACCUUUUCGUGAUGUUAUACUUCAGUUACAUUUAUUUGAAGACGAGUUGGAAAGCAUUCUUCAUACGAAAAGGUGGAUUUCAAAAGCUUGGAUUGCGUGGAUUGCUCUCAUUUUGGACACCUACAUGUUUGCUCUUCUUGUGGAUAGCAAAGGCAUUCAACAUCUUAACAAUGUUUAUAAGAAAGUGAAACAACUUGAACAGUUGACUGAAAUAAUGGUCUCUGUUGAGCCUCUUAUUCGAAGUUUUGUGGAAAGGCAACAACUGUUCUUCACCAACAAAGGACAACAUAAGCAUUGGGUUGAAUAUUAUUCAUUCACUUUGUAAUUAUUUAUCAAAUAUACAAACAGUUGAAUUC